AUGGCUGCUUCCGAAAUUGUGAGUCCCCACCUGCCUUUCCCAGAGCAAAUGCCUAGCUGGGGUGCAGAAAGUGGGGGUCAGGGGUCAGCCAGAACUAGAGUUUCUCUAUGUAGCCCUGGCUGUCUUGGGACUCACCCUCUAGAGCAAGCUGGUCUGGAACUCAGAAUCCAUCCGCCUGCCUGCCUCUGCCUCCUGAGUGCUGGGAUCAAAGGUGUGCACACCGUGGUCUGGCUACAGCUCACUCUCCUUUCUUUCUCUGGUCAGAUGAGCAAAGCUGAGGGUGAAGGGCAGGAGGAGGAGGAGGAGGAGGAAGAAGAGGAAGAGGAGAAGGAAGAGGAGGAGGAGGAGGUGAGAGAAAAGCCAUCAGAAGCAACAGCGGAGGGACUCCAAGGAGAAGCCAGGGACCUGCCUGGAUCCCUUAAGACCGUGAAGCAGAAGGCCCAGAGAGAACAUCCAACCAAGCUCCCGAGGGAGCUGCACCCGCUGCAGUUCAGGUGGGUUCUGUGGUUCUUCAAGAAUGAUCGAAGCCGGGCCUGGCAGGACAAUCUGCAGUUAGUCACCAAGUUUGACACUGUGGAGGACUUCUGGGCGACGUACCGCCACGUCAAGCUGGCCAGUAAGCUCUCUUGUGGCUGUGACUACGCUCUGUUCAAGGAAGGCAUCCAACCCAUGUGGGAAGACAGCAGAAACAAGCGGGGUGGCCGCUGGCUGCUCAGUCUUGCCAAACAGCAGCGCCACAUGGAACUGGACCGUCUGUGGCUGGAGACAUUGAUGUGUCUACUCGGGGAGAGUUUUGAGGAAUACAGCGGGGAAGUGUGUGGCGCCGUCGUCAACAUCCGCACCAAGGGGGACAAGAUUGCCCUGUGGACAAGUGAAGCAGAGAACAAAGCCGGCGUGAUGCACAUCGGGCAGAUAUACAAAGAGCGCCUGGGCCUCUCCACGAAGACCAUCAUUGGGUACCAGGCCCAUGCAGACACUGCUGCUAAGAGCAACUCUUUAGCCAAGAACAAGUUUGUGGUGUGAGGCAGGCUUCCGGACGCUACUCACCUGGGCACCCUCCUCCUCCUGUUGGUGGA